AUGGAAAAGGAAGAAGAAGAUCGUAGAAGAGAAGCAGCAAUUUCGUCAUCACCUUGUUUGCAACCCAAUUUCAAUCCCAAACGCGUUACUCAGGAUCAACUUUCCAAGUUUCGUGAACUGCAUAGGAAGCGCUUACAACUAAAGUCUAAAUCAAAGUUUAAGACAAAACCUAAAGUUGAGUCAAAGAGGAAGGCACAAGGAAAUGAUCCGUAUAGAAACAACAGUGGAGCUCAAGGAUUCAAAGUUGAUAACGAAGAACAAAGCAUCUUGAAUAAUAUCGAAAGCUUUGAUUUGAGAAAUGAAGACUCAAAGAGUGGUGCAUCUGUUCCUUCUACAUCAAAGAAGCAAAAAUUGCAUUGGGGGCUAGAUACCAAGGAGAGGUGGGAGAGGAAAUCCAAUAUGUAG